AAAAAGUUUUGAAGUUGUUUUAAGUAAAUAUUUACAAGGAGUAGUUCCCAAUCUCCCUUGAUCAAUUGUAGAGGAUAUAUUUUUUUAGAAAUGGCAAUCGGGGAGUCCAGAACAGAGCUUUUACAAUGGCUCAAUUCUGAAUUAGAUUUGCAAUAUACAAAGGUUGAACAAUGUGGUUCUGGAGCUGCAUACUGUCAACUUAUGGAUUCAAUUGUUGGAGGGGUACCCAUGAGUAAAGUGAAGUUUGAUACGCGUUUAGAGUAUGAUUACCGACUGAAUAUGAAGAUACUUCAAGCUGCCUUCAACAAACACCGUAUAACGAAGCCAAUUGAGGUUGAACGAUUGAUCAAGUGUAGAUUACAGGAUAAUUUGGAACUUUUACAAUGGUUUAAAAAAUAUUGGAUGGAGAAUAAAGAUGUUCAUGCCACAUAUGAUGCACAAUCUCGUAGAACCAGUAGUGGUGGGACUGGUAGUACUACUCCCAGAUCGACUAGUCGCGUAAGUAGUGGAGAUCAUUCAAAACUUAAUUCCAGACCAGCUUCAAGAACAACAUCUGGACUGAGUGUUGUUCGAACCCUUCCAAAACAACGUAGAUCGGUCAUUGAAGAUAUGAAUGUAACGCCAACGACCCCGAAUAAUAGAACACGGAACAAUGAAUUGGUGGAAACCAUGCAAGCGUUGGAACAUGCUAAUGAAGAAUUAGCUGAAUAUAAAGUUCAAUUAGAAAGUAUGGAAACAGAAAGAAAUUUUUACUUUAAUAAGCUUAUUGAAAUUGAAUCAUUAAUAAGAAAUAUAAAUUCUGAUACAAAUAAAAAUAUUGUUGAAACUUUAACGGUACCAGAAAUGUCAAUACAAAUCCAACAAAUUUUGUACAGCACAGAAGAAGGAUUUCAAGUUGGAGAUGAUCUUGAAGGGAUAGAUUCUGAGACUUUUUAGAAGAAGGGAAGAAUAUAGGGAUAUAGAGCUGUAUAAAGAAAAAAAAGAAGUGCA